UUCCGUGUUGAGGAGCUGAGGAACCGGUCAGCAGAUCGGGAGUCAGAGAGUUUCAUUUCCGCUUGUUUUACAACCGAACAUCUUCUAAAAGCUCCAGAGACGACUGAGGCAUGAAUAAACCCAGCCUGGUGGUGUUUGACCUCGACUACACCCUCUGGUCAUUUUGGGUGGAGGCAGCUGACCCACCUUUCCACAAGGAUGAAAGUGGACAAGUGCGGGACUCCAGUCUCUAUCCUCUCCAUCUGUUUGAUGACACAGUGGAGAUCCUGCGCUCUCUGCAGACUCAGGGAAUCCCGAUUGGCAUCGUGUCACGCACAGGAGACACGGAUGGAGCCAAUCAGCUGCUGUCCCUCUUCGACCUCGACCAGUACGUGUCCUUCAGAGAGAUUUACCCGGGGUCAAAGGUCACCCACUUCAGCAGGUUGCAGGCAGCCAGUGGAGUUCCAUACUCAGACAUGAUGUUCUUUGACGAUGAACAGAGGAACAUCACAGACGUCAGCAGGCUGGGUGUGCACUGUGUGUUGGUUAAUGAUGGAGUUACAUCCAGCUUAAUCAACAAGGAGCUCCAGCAGUUUCUGAUGAAGCACUGAGUCCAGCUACCUCAGGUGUGGUGCUCAGCACGGCCUGCAGGGGGCGGUGCAGAGGCACCACAGUUGGUCACUGCGCACAGUUUGACUGUGGAAGGGUCAUUUGUUUAUUUUAUUUAUUGUUAAUGCAAGAAAACAGAAGCAGGGUCCAUAUAGUUUACUAUAGUCCUGUUCGGCUUUACGUGAGGAGGUGGGGAAUGUAAUUAUUAGCGGUGUUUCUCUGUGAUUUUAGCCCCGUCCGGUUUUUACUGACUCCGCGCUCCUGUGUCAGUAAGGAUUGCAGCACCUUUUACUUUCUAUAAAAGAAGCCAUAGAAAUGACCUCAGGUUAUGUUAGUCCCGUGCAAAUCGGCAUGUUGGUAAAACGCUGUCGUAUCCUGUCGAAAAGGAGUUUCUUAAGUAUGGAGCGACUCGAAGAAGCGUUGACUUGUGUUGAAGUCAGCUUCUUAUUCGAAUGUUCCCGUUCCACCUUAAAUAGUGGUGAAUGUAACUGCUGCACCAUUUAAGGUGGAACAGGAAAUUUUGAACAAGAAAGUGGCGAAUGGGAAGCCAACUUCAGCCUCAUUGUCCUCUGAGGCUAAAAAGGUCAAUAUGUAACGUUACUGUCCCGUCUCACGUGUACAUUUCCAGCUAAUGGCGAUGCUAAUGACGCUGAAUUCACUGAAAACAGAAGGUAAAUGUUUAGGGUUAAUGAAAUAAAGGCUAAAUGAACUUUUCUACUCUUUUCUGGAGUAAAAGCGGCGCAUAAAUCGAGUAGCUGUAACGUAGGAGGGGAUGAGGCUGGAUGCAAGUUUCUUUUAUUUAAAUCAGAUUUAACAGAGUAGCAGAGGUUCAUAGAACAGACAAGUCCAUGAUGGAACAAAACAGAGGAAAACAGAACUAAACUAGAAAUAAAACUUGACAACAAGACCGGUGAAAACAGGCAACAGCAACAGGGUAACCUAGACAAUGUAAGACAAGGAGACUGAGCAAACACAGGCAUAUAAAAACACUGAGGGAAAACAAGGAACACCUGGGACUAAUAAGAGGGUCGGGCUACAGACUACACACAGGCGGAACAGAUGACAAGGGGCCAGGACCAGGGAGGAGACAGACAAAACAACAACAAAGACACAUGGAAACGUAAACAAUAACACUUGGCACUGGGAAACAGAAAGACAAGAACGGAACGAGACAGAAUGUUACAGUAGCCGCUCCCAUCUCUGGCAUUUAGAUUUCUUAUCCCGUACAAAUCACUCAUAAACAUCACAGACGUCCUGAGGUAAACUGGCAUUACCCCCCUCCCCAUGGAGAACUAAUCCAGGCCGAAUAGGGCUUCAGUCUAGGAUUUACAGAAGAGGAACAUCUGCUUGUUUUUUAAAGCACUUUUAGAAACUUAGCUAAGUAGAAAUGUAGCUACAAGUUUCCUUCUCAAACCUCAGAACUUAGUUUUACUUGAGUUAUCACUGAAAUGCACCUGUGGCGUGGGCUGUUUACACCUGUAAACCUGUUGAUUACUGUAAAAAAUAAUGGUGCUGUAUGCUGGAUUGGGUAUGUGGUCUUAGCCAAACUGCUGCUCUUCUUUAUAAUACAGCCACAACACCAGGACCACCCCACCAACUUUUAAUUUUUAUUUUAAACGUUCUUAGCUAUAAAAACGAAAAACAUUGCGGACGUCACAGAUGCCGAGGUGUUAUUUUUAAGCGAAAAAGAAACAAUUUGUUGCCCGUUUUUCAGUUUAAACUGUGCAAAUGAAUUAAAACGUCUUUCACAAGUGAAAAGACAAUGUGAAAAAUUGAAAAUAACAUGCAAUAUUUCUAAUUAUCUGCAUAUAUUGUGAUUCGAAAGUGAUUUAAAGUGGCAGUGCAUGUAUUUUUGAAUUGAAAUUUUACCACAUUUGUCAGCAGAGUUACGGUCAGUAACAGACCACGUUUUGCACUUGAAUUACAUAUUAACAGUUGCACAUUUGUCACUGCGAUAGUAGCCUGACUCACCUGUUGAGCGUAACCUCAUCUGAAAUGUGAGAAAAAGUUGUUACAAGCGCUUUUAAAGGGCUCAUAUCUUGGAAAAUCCUCAUUUCUCUCUCUUUUCUUUUUUAAUCAAAGAGUUUGAGGUAGUAUCAAAACGUACCAGUCCCCUGGAAUUGUGAUGUCACAAAAACCAGGACGCAUAUUUUUUAACCUAUAGCACUUUAGCCCCGCCCACUUCAUACUGAAGUAAAAAGGAAUGUCUCAGCUCUGACUGGUUUUUGAAAGAAGCACAAUACAAGGCAGCCAAUUAGAACAGAGCUUGUUUACAUAUAGCAUAUCAGUCUUAAAGGCACAGUAACAAAAACAGCCUGUUUAAUUCUAAGGGAUAAAGAGAGAAAUAGAAACAGUCAUAUAAAGAAUGAAUUAUGAUCUUAUUGGUACAGAAAGACACACAGCUGUCAAGGGCUGGACGAUUUGGGGAAGAUCUAAUUGCAGUUGUUCUGACCAAUCAUACGCUUCAAAUUGCGACAAGCUGUCCAGGAUAGUAUUUUGGCCAUUAAGAGCAGCAUAUCCACUUUUUCUGCUUUGAAGCUUGAAUGCUAAGUGCCGGACUGGCAGUUAGUCAUGGUUGUGAUGUCACAGCACAUGGGUGUUUGGUUGCUUCUGAUUGGUCUAACUCAUUUACAGGCUGUUCAUGUACGAAGUGAAAUUUCCCCACUUUGCAAUUUGGAUAUAAAAACCAAACUUUCAGCCCUUUCAUGUCACAAUGGGGGAAAAAUGUAGGAUACGGGCCCUUUAAAUGAGGUUUUAUUGUUAUUGCUACUGUACAUGUACUGUAUCUGUGAGACACAGCAUCAUUCUAUUUAUUUUUAUAAAACAUUUUUGAAAAUAAACUGACCCGUCCUGUCAACC